GUAAACAUUACCAACAGCUCACACCGAGAACUGAACACAAGUCCACGGACUCGCUUUCAACUGCCGGAGGUGUGACUGCUUUGCUGCAGUUUGUUGGAUGUAUUAGUUUAUCGGGAGACAGUUGACUUCACUCCUACAGCCAUACAAGAAACGUUUCUGAGAAAGACGCUCUCAUCCUCCAGCGCUGAUGUAAAGCAGUUGGAGGUCAAAGGUCACAGCCUGCCGUUCUACCACCUGCAUUUGAACCGAGAGCCAUUAAACAGGUACAUAUGGGGCAGGGGGAGGUUCCAGCCCGAGGCUCAGCCAUGGAGGGGGACUGCCUCAGCUGUAUGAAGUACCUCAUGUUCAUCUUCAACUUCUUCAUCUUUCUGGGGGGCUCCUUCCUGCUGGGUGUGGGUGUUUGGGUGCUUGUGGACCCGAUGGGCUUCAGGGAGAUUGUGGCGGCCAACCCGGUGCUGUUCACCGGGGUCUACGUCAUCCUGGCCAUGGGCAGCAUGCUGUUCCUGCUGGGCUUCCUGGGCUGCUGCGGAGCAAUAAGGGAGAACAAGUGUCUGCUGCUGUUUUUCUUCAUGCUCAUCCUCUUCAUCUUCCUGGCCGAGCUGGCAGCUGCCAUCCUGGCGUUCCUGUUCAGGGAGCAUUUGACUAGAGAGUAUUUCAGCAGGGAGCUGAAACGUCACUACCAAGGUCACAACAACACCGACGUCUUCACAUCCACCUGGAAUGCCAUCAUGACCACGUUCGACUGCUGUGGUGUGAGGGGCCCCGAGGACUUCGACGAGAGCCUCUUCAGGCUCCUCAGCCCCACUAAAAUGGUCCCAGAGGCCUGUUGCCAGGGGAACAGUUACCCCGGAGACGUCAGUAUGGAGCAGUGUGUGAGCGGCAGCAUGGUCUUCAGACAUAACAAGGGCUGUUACUCUGCGGUGGUGGACUACUUUGAGAUGUACAUUUACACCGCAGGAGCUCUGGCCAUCGUGGUGCUGACUAUUGAACUUUUUGCCAUGGUGUUUGCGAUGUGUUUGUUCAGAGGCAUCCAAUAACUGCUGCAUCAUCACCAGCCAGUGGACCAGCACAAGCAGAAGGAAUAAAUAUUACAUGUAUUUGUACAGUGAUGGUUUAUCUGUCUCAUUGGUUUUGUGACAUCAUGUUGUACUUCACAGUAGCAGCAGCAGCUGCGCUGUAAGGCACUGCUUUGGACACAAAAGACACUCACAGGAAGUAAUUCAACACCCAAGCACUGCUUUUUUCUGAAGUAAAGGAUAACCACUGGUGCUAAUAGGGCUAACGGAACUAUAGAAGGUCACUUCAGUCCAAUCUGUAUGCGAAACUGGCCCUAGAGCUGAAACAUGUUUUAUAGCCAAACUUUACCCUCCAGUCGGCGGUGAUGAUGGAUGUUGCGGAUCAAGGUCUGCACAGCACAGUUCAGGUACACACAGCACAUCUUAACUCCCCUUAGAAGACUCAAAGGGAAAACAAUGUGAAUCAACAAUUAAAAUCAAAACCCGUCAGGCCUCAUGCAAGAACCUGUUCGUAUUCUCCUAAUGAACCUCUUUUUACUUUGAGAUUCACUUAAGUGCUCUCAUUUGUUGUUCAAACCUGAUGAAUGUAGUAACCUUUUGUAUUUAUCUGGACCACCUGUUAACUCAAAAACACAUCCCAUAAAACUGAAACACAGUGGAGCUUUAAGUCUUGUUUUUUUAUCAGCAGGUGAAAACACUAACAAAUGCAUAUCUCAGUAUUUGAAAAUAUGACUACAGCUAAACAGAAUUUCACGUUAGAGUAGAGCCAUACUAUGACAGAAAUGAAGGAGAGACGCUCUGAGGCUGUCAUAUAGCUCAGUAGUUAGAGCUGGUGGCCAACAGGGGGUGUCUUCGGCCCAGUACACAGGUUUGAAUCCGGUUCGCCAAACUUUCAGGCACUGACCUCCACUCUGAUUCCCACCUUUACAACAAUAUCUCUUAAAAAGGCACUUUCUGGCCCAAAAAAGCCUCUGCUUUGCACAGGUAUAAAGGUAGUAUAGUAUUUUUUAAUCACAGUAGAGUGUUGUGGAGUCUGACAAACCUUCAGUCUUUGUAAAUUUGUAGCUCAUAUUUUCAAGUCUUGACUGAUAACCGAAGAAACAAACCCCCACCAACGCAGCCCUUGCAUUGUUUUAAAGCAGGCUGUGCUCGAGGAGUUUGAAGUCAGGCGGUAAAGACAAGAGAUCAAUGCGAUUGCAUGUGAUGUUAACCUAGUCAUGAAGGGAGACAUUCAUAACCUCAGAAGCUGCUGGAGUAAUGGGAUUUUACAAACAAUUACCCUGCCCAAAAUACUAAACAAAAGUUUGACUUACUUUGCUUUUUAUUAUAGUCACAUUCAAACUGUAACUAUCAGAUUGAGAAAUUAUGAUUAUUUUAUUCUUUGAGAAGUUGGAACAAAACAAAUCAAACCGGUAGAAUUAGUCAUGUCUGCACAAUAAUGUAAAUCAGACAGAAAGGGGGUUACAGUAUAUAAAUACAAUUCCAUAUAAGUACAACAUAAAUGUAGUAUUUGCAUUUUGAAGACAAACAGGUUUUUGUCCCCUUUAGAAAACUGUCUGAACUUUUAUUCAUACUCAGGCUUUUUCUAUAUGUUAACAAUUCUGUCUUCGCACAAUAGGUUCUUGCAUGAGGCCUGAAGUCAACAACAUGAGUCAUAAAUCAUAAAACAUUGAUCAGUUUCCGUUCAGUCAAGAUUUUUCGCAAAUGUUUGUUUACAAGAGUCUGUACGUAAGUAUUAAGAUGAGUCAUAUUUAAGAUGGUGCAGCACCUGUAAAUAAACUUCACACCAUUAGAGUGAAUGUGUGUGAGUGCAUGUAUGUGUGUGUGUAAAUGUAUCUCAGUGGGCCUGUGCCAGUGUACAGUGUGUUCUCCUUUUUGUGCACAGUGUGAUUAUGUCGUUGUGGUCAGUAGUUCUGUACAAUGGAAGUUUAGCUAAGAUUCACUAUGAGCGUGUUUGUAAAAAAACACUGAUUGAUAUUAAAGAGAUUUCUGUGAUUUCA